AUGUUUUGUGACGGCUACAAGGCCAAGACCGCCGCGGAAAAGAGACAACACGUUGAAGCUAACAAUUUUUGCUUCAACUGCCUCGGCAAGCACAAGCUAAGUGAGUGUACCUCGCAGAAAACAUGCUCAUCGUGUCGCGCGCGUCAUCACACGAUGUUGCAUGAUACAUUUAAAGUAAGCGAAGUCGCGACAUCCUUGCACUUCGCGCAGCGAUCUAAAGAAGCAAUAGUGCUUCUAGCUACAGCUCGCGUUUGCGUAACAGAUCAAGACGGGGUCGUGCACACCGCGCGUGCCCUCUUAGAUCAGGGCUCCGACUCGUCAAUGAUCACGUCUUCACUGGCACGACGAUUACGAUUAGUUCGUCAAGCAGCUUCUAUCCGAAUAAUCGGCGUUGGUGGAAAGCCGUCGGGUCGCGUUAACAGCCGAGUCAAGUUCCAAAUAUUACCUGAAGGUCGAGGACCGCCGAUAACAGUGACGGCAAUGGUCUUUCCUCAGAUCACCACCGUAAGCGGAGGGUGUAAAGGAGAUCAACGAGCGUGGACACACCUCCGAGGACUGAAGCUCGCCGACCCUGACUUUAAGGAACCGGACCCGUUGGACAUUCUGCUGGGCGCGGAUGUCUACGCCGAAAUUCUCCAGCCAGGCCUUCGGAAGGAAGCUCCACACGAACCUAUAGCUCAACGGACGUCAUUAGGUUGGGUUCUGUCUGGAUCCGCGGGAACAACUGGCGAAACGAUGCAGCGCAACGCUCUGUCGUACUAUUGCCAAACGGACGAAGAUUUGUCUUCUCUCGUAAGUAAAUUUUGGCAGCAAAAAGAACUGCCCGUCUCUGGCUCGCCACUUACUCCAGAGGAUCAAGAGUGUGAGAAUUUCUACAACGAAACACACGCUCGCACUGCUGAGGGACGAUGCGUCGUUUGGUUGCCGGUUGUCGCGCCGCUGCCGGACCUCUCUUCAACGCGUUUUUCCGCUCAGCAAGUACUCCUCUCCGGCAUGGAGAAAAGAUUGGACAGGGAUCAUCGCUUGCAUCAACUAUACGAAGACUUCAUGCAACAGUAUGAAGCCUUGGGCCACAUGGGCCCAGUGAGUCAAUCAGAACCAACCGAAGAGCGCGUGAGCUACCUGCCCCACCACGGAGUCAUGAGGGAGUCGAGUACCUCGACUAAGCUACGCGUCGUCUUCAAUGGCUCGACGACCACAGCUUCAGGCGAUUCGCUCAACCGACGCCUCCUGGUCGGCCCUAAUUUGCUGCCUCCUCUCUGCGAUGUGCUUCUUCGAUGGCGUCGACAUCGGUACGUGAUGGCCACAGAUGUGGAAAAAAUGUACCGUCAGAUUUUGGUCCAUCCUGACGACCGUGACUUGCAAAGGAUCAUAUGGCGCUACAACAGGCAGGCCGAUUUCCAGGAAUACCGUCUAAAUACGGUUACUUACGGGCUAUCCUGUGCGCUCUUUCUGGCUAUGCGUACUCUUCAACAACUCGCCAGUGACGAAGAGCAGCGAUAUCCUAUAGGAGCAUCCGUUAUCCGCAGCGACGUCUAUAUGGAUGACGUCCUCACGGGUGCCGCCACCCUCGAUGAGGCUCAGGAGCUUCAGCGCCAGCUGACAGGACUUUGCACGGCGGGCGGCUUCCCUCUACGGAAAUGGUCAGCGAACGAGUCUUCUAUACUAGCGGAAGUGCCUAUCGAACAUCAAAUGCAACGAGAGCCUCGGGCCUGGUGA